CCAAAAAAAGAGAAUUCCAAACUUAUUUCUCUAUAUUUCCUUAAAGUUCUUCGCUUCUUCCAUUUCUAUUUUCUAAAGCAAACUUCUUAUUCUCCCCUGCUUCUUUAACACUGCAACACCUGUCCAACCAUUUUUAUUUUUUAUAAAAGGAAAACAAAAUAUUGGCUUCUAUGAAGUUCAGAAUCCCGUGUCUUUACUUUUGAGGAGAGAGAAACUGCGAAAAAAAAAAUGAAAUUAUUUUGGGUUUUCUGGGUGGUUUUUCUGCAAAUUCAACUCAUGCUACUCGCUUCUAAUUCUUCUAAUCUAGAUUCGCAAGACCAUAAUAACAUCAAGGAAACUCAGGUAUGGUCGGAAGACAGUAGAACGCAUAUCACCGCAGUUAGCAAGAGAGGUGGAGGUGGUGGUCAUGGAGGUGGCGGUCAUGGAGGUGGUGGGGGUCAUAGUAGUGGAGGCCGUGGUGUUGGCAGUGGUGGUCGUGGUGGUGAAGGGGGAGUUGGCGGUAAUGAAGGCCGAGGAAAAGGAGGGAUGCUCCCAUUCUAUGGAGCAGCUGGGGCAGCAGCUGCUGCUGCUAGAAACAGGGGUCACCACCAGCAGAGAGGCUCGAAUUGUUCCCCUGCACAGCUUGGGUUAACUCUUCCUUCAACAUUAUUAGGCCUUGGAAUCUUUCUUAUUCGAUUUUAAGCUUACUAGUAGAUGAAUAUUAGAGUGAGACUUCUUAGUUUUUGGGGAUGACGGAAUACUCUUAAGAGUCUUGACAAUGCCACAACCCUGCUAGACUUCCGAUCCAUUGCUCUACUGGACUACAAGUGCGUUUCCACCGAUUUCACGAGUAGAUAUUGCCACUUGCAAGUGAAGUGUUUGUUGUUGCACUUGUCUUGGUCUACUAUCUGGUCGAUCUAGCAUAAUUGUACAAAAUAUUACUCCGUAUUACGAAGCCUUUAGCUUCUAAAUUUUACUCGAGCACAAAUCCAAAUCUUUUCCAAUGUAGUUUGUGUACCAUUUGUAUGGCACUCAAUUAAUUGGUUGAUAUGAGGCAUUAGCUCUGUAAUGCACUCAAUUUUCUAGUAUUUUACAUAUUAGAAAACCUAUUGUUUCAUAAAAUAAAUUGUUAGUUUGUUCCAAA